AUGAUGCUAGUGCUAGUGCUAGCGCAAAAACAACCCGACAGCAAAAACAGUCAAGACCAGAUUGAUGACAAUAAUGUAAUUUUGAAAAAAGCAUCCGAUGCCACAUUAUACUCGAUGGAGAACAAUUGGUUCAACGAUGACAAUAUAACGAAACUUCCGUACACAUACUCAACAAACACCAUUCCUCAAUCUCAAUCUCAUCAAAGCAAUAUGAGCAAGAAAUCUCACGAUGCCUCAAUAAUGAAUUUGGACGAGCAUUUAGAUGAAUUAUGCGACAAGAGUCACAACAAGCAAAAGCUAAGAAAGCAAAGAUGGAAACUGAUUAACGAAGAGAAACAGUUUCUUUCAAAUAUAGAUGAAUCAUUACUACCGCCAGUGCUAAAGAGUAACUACAAAAACAAUACUCUGCAAGAAUGCUACAAAAACACUACUCUACAAGAAUGCUACAAAAACACUCUACAAGAAUGCUACGAAGACAAGACAAUGUCUGGGUUGGAGCAAAUUACAGGAUACCAGCUAAGGCUGCAGAGUCAAUGGGACUUGGAAGAAUACAACAAGGUAAAGCAAGUAUCGGGAUACGUUGUUACCCCAGGCAUGCACCGGUUGGUAAGUGAUUCAAAUCUCUUGAUGAGCCACGCAAAGGAUAUAACCGAAGAUCUUCUACCAAUGAAGGAACCACCAAUUGAUAACAUUGACGAUUUGAGCGAGUUGUCCAUAAUUCACCCUUCCUACAGUAAUCGAAACGAUGGAGUACCGCCGUCAUUGCAACCUUCCUACAGUAUGCAAAACGAUGGAGUACCGCCGUCAUUGCAACCUUCCUAUAGUGUCCAAAACGAUGGAGUAUUGCCAUCAUUGCACCCUUCCUACAGUAUGCAAAACGAUGGAGUACCGCCAUCAUUGCACCCUUCCUACAGUAUGCAAAACGAUGGAGUACCGCCAUCAUUGCACCCUUCCUACAGUAUGCAAAACGAUGGAGUACCGCCAUCAUUGCACACUUUUCGCAAACCAAGUGAUGAUUCAAUAGUUAGUACUUUACCCAGUCAAAACGACAACAACCAAGAAAUAAAUCGGUUACAACUUGAGCCGCAGACACCACCGCAAUCUUCCCAACAAGAAUCUAUAAAGAAGGAAGAAUCGCCACUUAGAAGGUUCUUGAAAGAGUCCAAAUCGAGUCCCAGGAGGAUAUUUCGAUCAAGCACAACCCACUUCAGUCACAGCAACCACAACCACAGCCACAGCCACAGCCACAACCAUUCCAAUUCCAUAAUAUCAAACUCAUUUUCUUUUAAAUCCAGCAGCAUAUCAAAACCGUCUUCACCAAAGAGACUAAAAAGCCUUUUAGGAAUCCAUAAACAUAGUCUCAGCGUGCCGAAUUUCGCUGUAGCAACAAAUAUACCCAAUCUACAGUCAUCCGAUGCCACUCUCGGCAAUUUCAAGUCCCUGUCCCCUUCUCCUCAACACACUAUAUACCACUCUGUUUACUCAUUAAAUCGCAUCGAACCAAUUGAUCUUUGGGACACGCACACAAUGAACUAUGAUUACAACCGUGACAACCACCUUCAAAAAAUGACUACAACAAACCAUCAUCAUCAUCAUCAUCAUCAUCUAAUCAAUGAUGAGUUAGAUUACUAUCAGCCAGAGUAUUAUCAGCCAAGUUUCAAUGCUGAAGAGAGCGGUGAAUCGAGUACCCGGAUAAGUUCCUUACCGAGUCAAGUAAUCGGAGAGUACGAUAAGGAGAAAUGGCGAACAAUUAAGACCUUGAAUGAAGGUGGAAUGUAA